GCCGGGACGCGCGAGGCCUGGCGGGGGCGGGGCGCCGCCAUGGCGGUCGGCAGCCGAGGAAGAACUUCCUCGGUUCUGUCCUCUCUUCCCUUACAGAUCCUGCUUCACAUCAAUGGCCUCUAUUACAUCUUUUACUUCUCGGCGACUCUUGUGAUGAUUGUUUAUAAAAGUCAAGCUUUCAGUUACCCAGAUGGUUUCUUGGCUCCAGAUCUUGCGUUGCUCUUCGUGAUGGCCCUUCUGGAAGUGCCCCGGCUGUACUUUGGCUCCAAGGGUAACCUGACAGAAGAAGAGGCUCCUCUGGGGCUGAGCCUCGUGCUCACGCUCGGCAGCGCCCUCCUGUGCGUGUAUUUCCUGCUGUGGCAGACGUACGUGCUGCGGGCAGACGUCAUCCUCAACGCUCUCCUGCUCCUUACCUACAGCCUCGAGUCAGUGCUGAAGGUCACAGCCAUUGCUGCUUUUGUCAGCUGAGCCCUGGCACUUCUCAGCACGUUUCUUCUGUCACAGACUGGCUUUGUGUAUCAAACAGUUGCUCUCAUAAAAAUCCUGUAAACCUUUCCUGUGUUGGAAGGACCAAAUCUCCCUGAGUGGCUGCUGAGCUGUCCUGCCUGCAGCUGGGUUUGCUUCCCUAUGGGCGAAGGCAAGAGAGGAUUCACCAGGGAUGGAUCCCAAGGCAGAGGAGCAGCCAGCACAUCCUGCAGCUCCGUGCUGGGAGGGGAUGGGAGCUCUCGUGGCUCUGCAGCACCGUGAGUGACACAGAAACGAAUCAGGCCAUACGGGACACACUCACUCCUGCUCGUGUUGGAGGGCACAGCUCCUCUGCUGCUCUCAUUUGUGUUUUGAGACCCCAGUGGUAAUCUCCCUGACUUUAGUAGGGCAGUACCUCAUUUGUCCCAGUGGGAGAGAGUUCUGCACAUACCCAGAGAGCUGGGGGACAGGGUUUGGGCAGCUGGUUCCUCCUGCUGCGGGAGCCAGGGCAGCAGCGUGCAGGUGUGUUUGUUUGCCUUGAACGGCCUUAAGAUGAACAUCAACACUGACCAGUCACCCACCCUCCUGUCCUGUUUCAGAGGCCGACAGAAUGUUGUCAGGUGUGUUUCUGUUUGGUGUUAAAUGAAUCACGGUGUUCCAUGAUUCUGCAAAAGUCACUGCAUUCCAGCCAUGUCUUUUGCAUGAAAGCAACUGCAGGGUUGUUUGAGUUGUAUCAGAAGGGUGUAUGUGUGAAUGGAAAGCUUGGGGAGCUUGUGGGGUUCUGUAUCAGCAGGUUUUCUAGUCAGAAUUUCCUAUCUUGCUAUUUAUUUAUUCAAAUAAAUCAUGGUUUAGAUCUCAAAA